UGUGCGUGGAGCGAGGUUGCCGCUGGAAGGACGCCGACGCCGCGGUGCUGCUGCUGCUCCUGUCGUCGUUUGCCGGAGGGCGGGGGAGAGGGCGAGGGACGGACGCGGCGAGUCGAGUUUGCUCGAGGAGCCCAAAUAGCUGGAAAAGUUGUGCGCCGGUAUCCGCCAUUUCAGUCCACACGUCGCUUUGAUUUGCCCGCUCGGCCGGCGAGAGCGAAAAGCGAAGGGGGUGUGGGCCAGAUAAAAACUUGUUUCGCGAGCUGAGUGUUACAGCUGCCGGUUGCUUGGUUUUUUUUAAAACAUCAAAAAUGCAUUUUAAGAAAAACGAUCCAUCCGAGGAGGAGAGUUGAAAAAAAUAAUGUAGAAGUGGCGGCGGACGAGCACGUCAGAACUUAAAUGUUGAGGAACUAUGGACUGAAAUAAAAUUAUGAAGAAAAAUGUAUUUUCAAUGAAAAUGGAGCUCAUUAUGGACUGCAUCAAAGAGAAGCAGUGACCCACUGUAUGUGGGUUUACUACAGAAUAAAGGAGCACAUUCCAAUGUUGUCUUCAAAUAUAAAGGGAUGACUGGCAAAGAAUGAUGGCAAAAAAUAAAGAACUGCGUCCCCCAACUUACAGUAUUAGUGUGGUGGGAUUAUCAGGGACAGAGAAGGAGAAAGGUACAAGUGGUGUUGGGAAGUCUUGUUUAUGCAAUCGAUACGUGCACCCAAAAGCGGAUGAUUAUUACCCAGAGCAUACCUCAGUACUCAGCACGAUUGAUUUUGGAGGUCGUGUUGUCAACAAUGACCAUUUUCUGUUCUGGGGUGAUGUAAGCCACACAAGUGAGGAAGGAACUGAAUAUAAAGUACAAGUCAUUGAACAAACUGAGUUUAUUGAUGACCAAACUUUUCUGCCUCAUCGAAGCACAAACUUACAACUAUACAUAAAACGAGCAGCUGUAUCAAAAUUACAGUCAGCUGAAAAGUUAAUGUACAUCUGCACUGAUCAACUGGGUUUGGAGCAAGACUUUGAGCAGAAGCAGAUGCCAGAUGGUAAGUUAACCAUCGAUGGUUUUCUCUUGUGCAUUGAUGUGAGCAAAGGGUGCAAUAGGAAAUUUGAUGAUCAGCUGAAGUUUGUAAAUAACCUUGUUGCUCAGCUGACAAAAACAAAAAAACCAAUUGUUAUAGCAGCAACAAAGUGUGAUGAAUGUGUUGAUCACUACCUGCGGGAAGUGCAGGCUUUUGCAACUAACAAAAAGAAUAUGCCUGUUGUAGAAACUUCAGCGCGAUUUCAUGUGAAUGUGGACUUGUGUUUUGCUACUUUAAUUCAAUUGUUGGAUAAAACACGGGCAAAGCCGAAGAUUAUUCCAUACUUGGAUGCUUAUAAGCAACAGAGACAACUUGUUGCUUCAGCAACGGACAAAUUUGAAAAGUUGAUUGUCCAGGCUGUAAAAGAUUAUCAUGCAGAGUGGAAAACUGUAAGUAAUAAAUUGAAAAAUCACCCUGAUUAUGAAGAAUAUGUAACUUUGGAAGGGACAAAGAAGGCAAAAAACACAUUUUCUAAGCACAUAGAACAGCUCAAACAAGAACACGUUAGAAAACGACGGGAAGAGUAUAUUGCUUUGUUACCAAAAGCCCUGAAUAUAUUGCUUCCUGAGCUUGAGGAAAUUGAACAGUUGAACUGGUCAGAGGCUCAGAAUGUUUUGGAACAGAGACCUGACUUUCCCCUCUGGUUUGUUGUGUUAGAAAAAACACCCUGGGAUGAAACUGACCACAUUGAUAAUAUGAAUGAUAAGAGACUUCCCUUUGACCUUCUCAGUACAUCAGAAGGAGAAAAAGUUUACCACAAUCACGUGCAACAUUUGAUUUCUGAGAGGCGAAGGCUUGAAAUGAAAGAGAAGUUUAAGAAGCACCUUGAAAAGGUACAGUUCAUAACACCCGGGAAGCCCUGGGAAGAUGUGUCAUGUUUUGUCAUGGACAAUGAAGCUUGCAAGUUUAUAACUGAUGCUGAUCGUAGAGAGGUUUACAGUAGACAUCAACGAGAAAUUGUUGAAAAAGCAAAAGAGGAAUUCCAAGAAAUGCUUUUUGAACAUUCUGAACUUUUUUAUGAUCUAGAUCUUAAUGCAACACCCAAAAUGAAUGAAAUUAACACUGUUCUAAGUGAAGAGCCAAGAUACAGGGCACUACAAAAACUUGCACCGGAUCGGGAAUCUCUUCUGUUAAAACACAUAGGAUUUGUCUACCACCCAACUAAAGAAACUUGUCUCAGUGGUCAGAAUUGCAUGGACAUUAAGGUGGAACAAUUACUUUCCACCAGUCUUAUACAGUUUGAUAACAAUCGGCCAAACAUGCAUCAGGAUAGUGCCAAUAUUGAUAAGCUUAUUCUUGUUCUCUUGGGUAGGGAUGGACUUGCACAGGAACUAGCUAAUGAAAUUCGAGUUCAGUGUACUGAUGAUGAGUAUACUUUAGAUGGUAAGAUAUAUGAACUGGAUCUUCAACCAGUGGAUCUCAAUACUUUUGUAUUGUCUGGUCUGCUUACAACACAUCGACCUCAUGGCUAUUUUUGUGUUUAUAACUCUACAGAGUCACUUAGUUGUAUGGCUGAUUGCAUAGAACGGAUAAGAAGUGAAGCUACCCCAAACAGGAAAGGCAAGUUUACAGCUAAUCUUUCAUUUACAGUUAUAUUAGCAAACCAGAGAGACAUUGGUAGCAAGAACUUGCCAAUUUUAAGACUUCAGGGACAGCAACUUGCCAAUAAGUUGCAAUGUCCUUUUGUUGAUGUGCCCUCUGGAACCUAUACUCGCAAAUUUCAUGAAUUCCAAAUAAAACAAGCUCUUAGAGGCCUCUUGGAAGCAUUGAAAAACAAUUUAAAUGUUGUUAGUCCUUUGCCCAGUAUUAAAGAUAUGACAGAAGCUGACUUGAGAAUUGUAAUGUGUGCCAUGUGUGGAGAUCCAUUUAAUGUUGACAUAAUUCUUUCACCUUUCUUGGAAUCUCAGUUUUGCAGUGCGGCUCAGCCUGGUCAUAGUAAUUCACUCCUACUUGAGAAGAUUAUUGGUGAAAAGCGCAAACGAAUCCAGAUUACAAUACUUUCAUACCACUCAUCCAUUUGUGUAAGAAAGGAUGAGUUAGUCCAUGGGUAUAUCCUAGUUUAUUCAGCAAAACGAAAAGCUUCCAUGGCAAUGCUCCGUGCCUUUUUGGCGGAAGUGCAAGAUAUCAUUCCUGUUCAGUUGGUGGCUGUUACUGACAGUCAAGCUGAUUUUUUUGAAAAUGAAGCAAUUAAAGAGCUGAUGACUGAGGGUGAACAUAUAGCAACAGAAAUAUCUGCAAAAUUUACUGCCAUAUAUACUUUAUCACAGUAUCAUAGGCAGACAGAAGUUUUCACACCAUUCUUCAGUGAAGUUCUAGAGAAGAAAAAUAGUAUUGAAAAUUCGUUUAUGUAUGACACCAGAGAAUCCACUAAUGCAAAUGAUGAUGCCUCCUUGUCUCCUCGGGCAAACUCUCCAGCUUACAAUUAUUAUCCUGACUCAGAAGAUGACAAUGAAGCACCUCCACCAUACAGUCCUAUUGGAGAUGAGGUGCAGUUGCUUCCCUCAUCCAAUGAUCGUUCUAAACAUCGAUCAGACUUUGAAGGGACUGAAUAUCCAGUUCACAGUAGUCCAAUUGUUAAUCAUGAGAAUCAUAAAGUGCCUCCACCCAUUAAACCCAAACCUUCUAUUUUGAGGCCUGACGUGAGAAAACUUGAUCCAAAUCUUGUGAAAACCAUUGAACAGGUAAUUGGUAAAAACCCAAAGAGAACCAACCGAGCACCUUUUGGCCAUCCAGAUGACCUAGAUCCAACUGACAAUUACUCAGUCCCAAGAGAUUCUCUGCUAAAACCGAAAAUGGAUGAUGAAAUAUAUUCCAUUCCCCAAGAUUCAAAAACUUCUAAGAUUAUAAGAAAGCCAACUUUGAUCGGAGGAAGUAAUUCCCUAGGAGAAGAAGAAAAUGGCUUGAUCGAUAGAUCCGCAAAGCAACCCAUAAUACGGAAGCCUUCAAAGUACAAAUACAAAUCCAAGACACUAUUUAGAAAGGCUAGAUUAUACUAUAGAAGGAGAGAACGCUUUGAUGGUAGUGAUGAUGAAACUGUGCCAUCAUCUUCACGCAAGCCAAAGAAGGGGAAAACUCAUCGUGGGAGUGAGGAAGAUCCUUUACUGUCCCCAGAUAGUUGUGGGAAAGCAGGAAUUGAUAAUCCUGCUAUUGCAUCUGAUCCAGAAGUUGAUGAUCCAAGGAGGAAGAGGGAUAAAAAACCAGCAAAACCAAAGCCACAAAAGCCAAACAAAAAGGGGCCGAAACCUGGACUACCUGCAAGAAGAAAUUGGGAAAGUAAUUACUUUGGGGUUCCUCUUGAAGAUGUGGUUACUGCUGAUAAUCCUAUACCAGCUUUUAUUGAACGAUGUGUAGAAUACAUUGAAUCUACAGGUUUGAACACUGAAGGACUGUAUCGUGUCAGUGGAAACAGGACUGAUCAAGAUAAUAUUCAAAGGCAGUUUGAUCAAGAUCACAAUAUUGACCUUGUAGCAAUGGAUGUGACUGUUAAUGCUGUGGCAGGAGCCCUUAAAGCUUUCUUUUCUGAUUUGCCUGAACCACUAAUUCCUUAUAAUUUGCAUUCAGAGUUGUUGGAAGCAGCCAGACUGGUUGAUUUGUCAGAAAAACUGAACGGUUUUAAGGAAUUAUUGAAAAAAUUUCCUGCGGUAAAUUAUGAGGUUUUCAAGUAUAUCAUUACCCAUCUCAACAGAGUUAGUCAACAGAGCAAAACAAAUCGGAUGGUGGCAGAUAAUCUAGCCAUUUGUUUUUGGCCUACGUUCUUGAGACCAGAUGCUCUUACCAAUGCUGCAAUCAAUCAGUCUGCAAUUGAGACGUUUAUUCAACAAUGCCAGUUCCUCUUUUACAAUGGGGAUAUUGUAGAGACAUUCAACCCUCCUGGGGCACCUUGUACAGGUCAGUUGGUAGAACCAUUGUUACCACUGCCAUCAUUGCCACCACCGCCACAGCCAACACCUCAGUCGUUCCCAUCGGAGAUGCAAACAGAUCAACUUAAUGUUAUAUGAGCAAAAUAGGAACUGAUGUUAUUACUAUAAGACAUUAUUACUAAACUGGGUAUUUUAAGUCCAGUUUCCAACAUGUUGAAAACCUCAAAAGGUUAUGCAUUUGCAAGCUACAAUAGCAGCAUUGCUUUAAAAUCAGUCCAGCAUUCCUCACUUUCCAAAGGAAACAAAUUUAGGUGUGCAUAUUAAUGGGAUUUCUGAAAUCACUGUCUACAAAACAAACUGGCUGCAAUAAAUACAUUCCACUUGCUGCAUGAAAGAAAAGCAAUCUUGAGAAUUUAUGUGGAUUCUAUAGUGGUUGUUUCCUUCACAAACUUUUUGACAGUUGUGAAUAAGAGUUUAUGUAUACACUAAAUUGUAUAAAAUGAAGUCAAAUAUAUUUCUCAGCCAACAAUGUUAAAAAAAACUCAUCUGUUUGACUGGAUUUGACUUUUUAUUUGUGCUGUUUUGAAAGUCAUUGUGUUCGUGUCCUUGACAAAUUUGUGUGGGUGGGUAGAUGGAAAUACUGUCAUUAUAGCAGCCUCCCAACAUUUGCACUGCUUCUGAAAAUGUAGAUUUAAGAAAAAUUGCCAGGUGCUGUGUAAAAGACAUGAUAUCUACUGCACCUUAUGUUUACUGGUAAUAGAGCUGUGGUAGUUCUUUAUUAUGGGAAGAAUCCACUUAUUUUAAUGACCAACAGCACAAGGAUCAGUUCAGAAGAAAACAGAAACUGAGCGUAAAAUUACUGCAGUUUUAUGUCUUAUUACAUUUGUUUCAUUUAAAGGAUAAAAUGUAAACGUUUUAUAGUAUCCUUAAUUGUUGGAAAGUAAUGCAUGUGUUUAAUUCCUGGUUGGUCUUGUACCUUAUCCUACACAUUUUUAGAAAUACAUUUCCUCUAUGGGAUGGAGCGGAAGAGUAUCUGGUGUACAUAAAAGUCAUUUUUCAUAAGAGAUUGUAAAUCUUUUCAUAAUUUUCAAUUAUACAGCUUUCACAUGUUGUGUUUGCAAUAAAGAUGGUGUAUUAAAUAGCUUUAAGUAUGACUUUUUCUGUUAACUCAUUUUAAUGUGACCCUAGCAAGUAACCUGUCGAAUAUUGCUAACAUAGCAAUAAGUAUUUUUGGUAUUGCCAAUUACACACAACAGUUUAUAAUUUUGUCAAACUUGUAUUCAUAUUACUACAUGUGGUACCUUCUACUGAAACUUAUUUAGAUUUGUUUUAGUUUUUGUGCAAACUACAUAUGUGGAGCAAUAUCUUAUUUUAAAAGCACCAUUUUCUUUUGAAUCGGUACCUAUUUGAUGUAAAAUGAUUCUGCUUUUAGUAAACUUUGUUUAUUUCAUUGUGUUGUAAGUUUUCAUAAAAUCUCACUGUAAAAUAAAUUGGUGAGCUGAAUGAUGUGAACUUGGGGAAGCUAGCUGUAUGAGUGCAUCAAUUCUACUUCAGUUCAUAAACUGUCAAACAUUGCAGAUAAUUUCCUUUCAGAAAAUUAUUAAUCAGUUGGUACACAUUCUGCUGCUAGUAUUUGUUUUGUGUAGGGUUGGGUGCUAGUUAACAAUAAAAAUAACUCAAUUGCUCUGUGUUGUUAUUUGCUCAGUGGGACUGGUUUGAAAACUCUUAAGGUUUUGACAUCAUCUGCAAUGUAUUAUAGUAAAUAAAUCAUUUGAGAAGCAAAUCUUAAGAGUUUGUGAUCCAUUUUCCUUAAUUGUUUUCUAACUGUAACAUUGGCAAGCAAGUCUAUUUCAACUCCUUGCAAUGUUUAAGUAAUACCAGUUCCUGGAUUGCUGACACCAAUGUUAAUUGUCAACUUAAACAAUGGAAACAUCCUUUUUAUUUUUGUCUGAAGAGGUAUGUCUGUUACUUAAAAAUACUAUAUCAUGUUAAAUCAAUGCUCAUUGUUGCUUCAGUUUACUAAUUUGGAUGAUAUUGAAUCCUUUUUUUAUUGUAGUGGGAUAAGUGAAAAUAAAGAGCUGGAAUUUAGCUUCAUUUGAAUGCUUUGUUUUAAAAUCAAAGCUUACCAUGAAAUAAUAAAGAAAUAUUGAUUCUA